AUGAAGACAAUUACAACAAAACAAAAUUCAUCCUAUAAAUGGGCAUCUAGAAUUAUUGGCUUUGUUUGGGCAUUUCUUACAGCUUGUUUUGCUAUUCUCAAUAUAUUUAUAUUUGUACAACCACAAUGGAUUGGUGAUACUUUAUCAAGUCCACGAGCAGGUCAUUUUGGUCUAUAUUCAUAUUGUGUAAGUACAAUAUCUGAUUAUGAAUUUGAUUGUCAAGGAACAUGGACAAAUUUUGGAACAAUACUUAAUGCACCUUUUGCUGUUGCUACAUUUUUCGUUGGCUUUUCUGUUCUACUCAUUCUCAUAUGUCUUGCAUUAUUUAUAGUUUUCUUAUUUUUACGUGCUCGUCUUGUCUAUUUUAUUUGUGCACUAAUACAAAUGAUUUGUGCUAUUUGUUUAUUGAUUGCCGUGAUUGUUUAUCCAGCUGGUUUUGAUAAUGAUACAAUUCGAUCAGUAUGUGGACAAAAUGUCAAUGAAUUUUAUAUAGAUACUUGUCAAAUUCGAUGGGCAUAUAUAUUAGCUAUCAUUGCAUUUUUUAAUAUAUUAAUACUUGCAAUUCUUGCAUUUCUUCUUGGUAUGAAACAACCAAAUAUUGAAACAAAGCGAAAAGUAAUCAAUCAAAAACAUGUUGUAUCCAAAUAUGGUGAACUCAAUGAUGCAUUUGAAGAUCGAACAUACUCUGAGCAAACAAUACAACGACGUUGA